AUGAAGAUGCUGUUAAUCCUUGGUCUCGUGCAGCUGCUGGCAGAACCUGCCUUCACUGUGGCGCAGCCGACCCAUGACUACUGGGGAGAGUUUGGAGCCUACGGGCCCUGCAGCCGCACCUGCGGCACAGGAGUCACCAUGAGAACCAGGACAUGCAUCACAUCCAGAACAGACGGAGGACAUAACUGCCUGGGAUCAUCCAAAUCCUUCCGAACCUGCAACACACAAGCAUGUCCGGCUGGGUCCAGGAACUUCAGGGAGGAGCAGUGCUCCCACUUCGACCGAGGGGACUUCCAGGGCAAACCCCGCACAUGGGUCCCUUACUAUGGAGCAUCCAAUGCAUGUGAGCUGAACUGUGUCCCGAGAGGAGAGAACUUCUUCUAUCGACACAGACCUGCAGUGGUGGAUGGGACACCUUGUUACGUGGGCCGCACGGACAUCUGUGUGGAUGGCUCCUGCAGGGUACUGAACCAUGGAGAGUUCAUGGGCUUGGAUGAGGACAUUAAUUCUGUGCACUCGGCUGCUCCUGUCGCUGUCGCUCCUCAUCCAAGUGAGACGCUCACGUACAUCUACAAAACCGGCGUCUACGGCGAGUGCUCGGCCUCCUGCAGCGGAGGCAUGCAGUGUCGCAGCGUGGAGUGCUGGGUUCAGGACCCGGUGAACCCCCGUGUGGUGGAGGCGACCCACUGCAUCACCCAGCGCCUGCAGAGGCCUCAGAGUCAGCAGGCCUGCAACAUGCAAUCAUGUUCUGCUGAGUACAGUGUCUCCAGCUUCAGUGUGUGUUCAGUCACCUGUGGGGAAGGCCAGCAGACAAGGGAGGUGAACUGUGUGGGACCAAGCGGUGAACAUCUGGGCGAUCACUCCUGUAGUGGACUGGCACGACCUGCCACUACCCAGGCGUGCCGCAGACCUGCCUGCCACACUCGCAUCACCUGGCACGUGACUGACUACGGGCUGUGCACUCGAAGCUGUGGUGGGGGUGUGAGGGACAGGAGGGUCGCCUGUUCGGAUACAGAUUUGAACCCGUACCCCGAAGCCCGGUGCGGAUCAGUGAGCAGGCCUGUCUCUGUGGAGGCGUGCAACUCGCAGUCGUGCCCUGGAACACAAAGGGUCCCAAGUGUGCAGGAUCCCAGGAGACAUGAGAGCACCAUGAGAGGAUUUGUUCCCCUUGUUCCAUCAGGAGACCCCUCAGCUACUGGAUCUCAAACAAUCACUACCUACGAACUCAACCCGUCCGUGGUCAGCCCUCACUGUGCUCAGUCUUCUUAUGGCUGCUGUCCUGAUGGCCACACCUCUGCUACCGGACCCAGGAACCAGGGCUGCACCCAGGAUGACUGUGUUCGCACCAGGUAUGGCUGUUGUUUGGAUGGAGUGACUCAAGCUCAAGGAUUUGGAAGAGCUGGAUGUCCUGAGUACCAGACAACUGUGGAUCGCUCACUAUCACCCCCUGCCGCUCCGUCCCCUGGGACGGUGUGCUCCCUGCCUCGAGAUGAGGGCAUAUGUGACACCUGGAAGGUUCGGUUCUACUAUGACUCAGGCAGCGGUAGAUGCACUGAGUUCUGGUACGGAAGCUGUCAGGGUAAUGCCAACAACUUUGUGUCCCUGGAGGCGUGCCAGAGAGAGUGUGGGCAUGUGGUGAGGGGGCCCCCCCCUCCACCUCGAGCAGAGUACGCCCCGAGGAGAGCCUUACUCAUGGUUGCACUUACAGCCAGGGCAUAACCAUGUACACAUCUGAUACCUGCAGCACGUUUAGGAUGACUAGAUUGUCCUCGUUAUGAUGCAAUUUGUAUACGUAUAUACUAUAUAUUUACUAAGACACACAUUAAUAUGUACUGUGAAACUUCAACCACAUCCCACAUUUAAUUUAAACAUCAGAAAUAAAUUUAAAAAUGAUCUAGAUACACUCAGAUUAUA